CAGGGUUCCUUCCUAUCAAAGCCAGUUGUGGUGAAGUCAUAGUGGUUGAAGAAAUGGAGUCGAAAUGUUACAAGUUUGUUAUGAUUGAUGGCCUCAAGAAGCUCUUGUUUUGCUAUUCUUUGUUUGGGGAAACAUGGUACUUGUGGUGUUUGUCACUCUUUUUUCUUUAGGAGUAAUAAAAGAUGGAGUUUUUGUGAAUUGUCAUUCAGAAAGCAACCAAAAACACUCAAGUUGGGCAUCGGAAGGCUUUCUUGUUGUCAACACGUUGAGGACGAAGAGUCUCCUCCUCCUCCUACUUCUUCUUCUUGGAUGGAACGACUGAAGAAGGACCCAAGAUGGGAAGAUAUAUUUACACUGACAUUAUCAUUGGCAGUUGCUUGGAUGUUCCGAGUGUUUGUAGUGGAACCGCGAUUUAUUCCUUCGUUGUCCAUGUAUCCCACAUUUUAUGUAGGUGAUCAAUUACUGGUGGAAAAAGUAAGCAAAUGGGUAAGACCCAUUCAACGAGGUGAUGUUGUCGUGUUUCAUCCUACUGACCAACUCGUGGCUUAUGGAUAUCAAAAGGAUGAAGCUCUCAUCAAACGAGUGGUAGCUGUGCAAGGAGACUUUGUAUAUAUUAGAGAUGGCAAAGUAUUCGUGAACGCUAUUCCAGUAGUAGAAAAGUAUAUUGCAGAAGAACCGAAUUAUAUUUGGGGUCCAAUCCAAGUUCCAAAAGGCUAUUUGCUUGUUUUAGGUGAUAACCGAAACAAUAGUUUUGAUUCGCACGUGUGGGGUCUUCUUCCAACUGAAAAAGUUAUUGGUAGAGCUAUAUUCAAAUAUUGGCCUAUUCAUCGAGUUGGAUGGAUUGAACACUAAAGUCGGGGUUUAUAUCAUAUUGACAUUUUGUGGUGUGGU